UCUUUUCUUGUUCAUAAGUUUUUCUUCUUUCCUUGCAAACGCCAUGUAGAAUAUAUACGCGCAUGUAAUCGAUUUAUAAAAAAGGUGUAUUUAGUUCAAUUUCUAUAAAAUAUUGUGUUAUUUAAAUAAUAUAAAUACUUAACAAGUGCUGAAACAUCAAUUACAAUUGAGAAUAUCUAAUUUAACAACGAAAUUUUCCAAAUGGAAAAAAAGAUGGUGCAUUGAAAAAAUUUCUGUGGUUUUCUUUUACUUGUCCAUCGUCGUAUUUUUUUAUAUUUUAUUUCUUCUCAUCUCAUACACGACCAACUAUAAUUUUCCAGUGUCAAAAAGUGAGUGCAAAAGAAAGGAAUAAAAGUGAAAAAAUAAAUACAAAAAAAUUCUUAAUUUUGGAAAAGUUAUGAAAAAGUGAAAGAAAAAUAAAUUAAAAAUUUAUAUAAAACAAAUAAUGUGUACAUGAGAUAUUUGAAACAACGAAAUAAAUAGAAAAGCAAGAAUUGUUAUAAAAUUAUUGAAUUUAUGGUACAAAAUUGUGUUGAAUGGGAGUGUGUGGCUGUGUAUACAAAGUGACGAAAGAUAAAACUGCAUGAAACAGAAACAACUUUUUAAUUUGUUUUAGCACUGCCGCUAUUAUUACUCUAAAGUUCUAAAUAACAAAAUAAGAAAAAACAAUAACAACAAAAUAAUAAUACAUAAUUUAUUGUAAAAUAAUAAAUAGUGCUUUAAAUGAAACUUAACUUAAGAAGUGCUUUCUUAGUUGUUUGCAAAUAAAAUAAAAACAACAAUAAGAAAAAUAAAAAAUCGAGUGCUGUAUUUGUUAAAUCCCUAGGAAUAUUGCGGCAACAAAAACAACUUUAUUGGUGGAUACUUUUUGUGUUGCUUUAUUUUUUCCAAUAGUUUAUAUUUAAUUGUCAGCAAAGAUAAAAUACAACAGCAACAGCAGCAGUAACCAUAUUUGAUCUGCAAAAUAAAAGUGCAAAAAUAAACCUUUUUUAUGAGACCAGAAGAUGGCUGAUUAACCCCAUGAUCGUAACCUUCAUACAGUUAAUGAUGACGAUGGAUAUGACUAUGACUACGGAGACCUAAUGCAUGUUGUUUGUUCUUCAAUAUUCAACGCUCGCUCUCUUCUUACACUUGUUACAAAAAUAAGCAGCAGCAGCAGCCAGUCUACAAAACAGCUCAAGCUACUAAAUAGAUUGAUCUUUUGAUGAACACUCAGCUCAAACUCUGAUCUUGUGCAAUUUGAUACCAAUUGUGAAUGCCACUUAGUUGGAAAUUAUUAUUACGACUACAACGUCGAAGACGACUACUACAACAGCUUCUACAAUAAAGAUGUUAAAAUCACAUCAUCGUCAUCAUCAUCAGCAGCAACAACAACCACAACAACAACGUCUAUGUCUAUGCUUAUUUUUCUUCUUCACUCCAUGCAAAUUAAACUGACAUCAAUACAGUAACGGACGGACAGCAAUAGCAACAGCAGCAGCAACAACAGACGUUGUUGUUGGUUAAUUGGUGGUGCUCAGUAAAAGUUUGAUUAACAGCAACAUCAGCAAACGGCCAUAAGGACCAUUUGGUUGUUUUAGUACAUAGUAUUUUCCAAAAACCAAAAAAAAAAACAGUUUGCCAAAAUGUUGCAGAAUCCGAGCACAACGACAUCGGCUGGUCAACAGCAAAUGCCACAGCCAAAACUUGUUGUUAUACGACGACGACCAAAUCAAGGUUUUGGUUUUACUCUACGUCAUUUUAUUGCUUAUCCACCGGAAGAUGAUCCCUCUUGGCCACAGGAAGCAUCCGAACCGUACCAAGUGAAAGCUAUGGAAACGAUUUUCAUAAAAGAAGUACAUCCGAAUGGACCCGCUUACUAUGCCAACCUGCAGACAGGCGAUCGCGUUCUAAUGGUGAACAACACACCAAUAGCUGGUAUCGCCUACAGUACCAUUGUGUCGAUGAUCAAGCAAACGCCUUCGGAAUUGAAAUUGUUGGUGGUGCCCAAGGAGUGUGAUGUUUUGCAAAUGCAUUAUACAAGUAUUGCUCAUACCCCACAAUCAAAUGUUACCAAUGUAGGAAAUGGUAAUAGUGCCUCCUCUGCCUCUAAUAACACUAACAACUCCUCUUCUAUGUCAUCGUCGUCGUCUGGUGCUCUUUUACCUCUGUCUGUGGCGAUGGUGGGUAAACCUUUUCCUCUACAACACCAGCAACAUCAAUUGAUCUCAUUUCCUGCUUCUCAGCAGGCCAGUCGUUCCGGUAGUAUUACUAGCACUAACAGUCUAAGACCUUUAACAAAUUCGGAUUAUAUGGAUAUAGCAACAGCCCAGAGUUAUCAUCAUCAGCAACAACAACAACAGCAACAUCAACAACAUUCAGGCAAUAUACUUACACAUAGUGAUAGUGGCAGUUAUUUGCGUUCUCCACCAGCAAAUCUAACAGUAUUAACCCGCCAACAACAAUUGCAACAGCAACAAAACGCUGCCGCUUUUUAUGCUUCAAAUGCCGCUGUUGACACCAGCGAUUUAAUGAUACGCUUACGUGAAUCCAUUAAACAAAAAGAAGAAUUCCUUAAAUCACCAUUACCAAAUGUUCAUCAACAGCACAACUCGCAACAGCAACAGCACCACCACCAGCAACAACAACACUUCUUUCCCAAUACACCGCCAUCAGGCAGUCCCCAGUUGUCUAUGAUUUCAACAUCGUCGACGUCAGUGGGAUCAUCAGGUUUAGGUGGUGCUAUCAUUCGCAAUAAUGAUGCCACCGCUCGAGGACAAGCGCGCACAUUAGUUAAACAACCCUUGUCGGCCACAUCAUCUUCGUCUAGUACAAGAGAAUUACUAACAGCAAGCUGUGAUAUGCAUUACGCACCGAAUUUAGGCUCCAGUACAACUGGAGUUGCGUCAGGAUUAGUUGGAGUAGGUGGUGGAGCUACAACUUAUGGAACUUCUGGUACAUCAACGGUUAUGGCACGCGGUCAUCUGCAGCAGCAAAGAGCGGUCACUUCAACAACAACCAAUGGAAGUUCAUUAGUUCCAACAUUGCGUGAUAAAUAUCUUCAUAAGGAUUAUGAAUUCUUAGAAACCUUACAGGAAACUGGUGUUACUAAUAAAGUAUUUGAAAGCAAAUUGAAUUCUCAUUUAUCUCGAGGUUUUGAUCCUUUCAAAGCUUUAUCUAUCAAUACAAAUACUAUUGAAUCUUCUGCGGCCCCGGGCAAUGUUAUAAUGAUGAAAAAACCGGGUGUUUUAUAUGAUUCACUGCAGCAUCACCCAUUGGCACAAAUGCAGGUGCAACAACAGCAACCACAACAACAUCAUCAUCUGCCACAGCAGCAUCCGCACCAAUAUCAGCAAACAACGGCGCCAAAGACGACAAUAAUUCCCAUUGCAGUUGCUGCAACAUCAGCCGGACCAUCAUCAACAAGCACUAGCAUACCAACUUCAGCGGCAACAACAACAAAUCAAGCCUCGGUGUCUACUGUCGAUGGACAUCGUUAUAGUCGCAUGGAAAUUCAUAAAGCUAGUUUAGCCACCACAACAAUCGAUCAUCAAAUAAACAGCAAGUUUGCUAGUAAAUUAACGGAUGUUAAUGCAAAAUCAACAUUGACCGAUAUAGCCGAAAGCGGUACAAGCAGUGCAACAUCAACAAGAGCAUCCACUAUGACUGACUUAACGGAAAUAAACAAAUCUUCAACAACUCCGGUUAUAAGACGAAUUAGGCCUAUGUCUUCAUUUGAUGAGCCAAAACAUAUGCGCCGGAUUUCAUAUUUGCGUGCAACUAACGAUGACUAUCACUGUGAAACAUCCCUAUCGUCAUCGUCUGUUGCGAACACUUCAACCGGUAGUGUCAACGAAAGUCUAUCGACAAAAUCUGCUACGGUAUUAUCGCAACACAUUGAAGAACAUCCUGAUCCGAUUUAUGAUGUCGUUAGUGGUGGUGGCGAUAGUGGUGCUGCUGACAGCACAAGCGAAUCAUUAGAUGCACUGGAAGAUUUAAAAUUAGAAAAUUCUUCUCGUAGCAGUCGCAGAACAUCUGUUAAUAGUGAUAUAAGGCACAGUGUUCUCAUUGAUAGUAUACCCAGUAUUGAUAUAAAUAGUAAAUUUGAAACAAAAGAUGUUGCAACCGAAAUGGAAAUAUUUGAAACUGAAAUGGAAAUAAAAUCGACUUGUAUUAAUGGCAAACGACUUUCUGAAUAUCGUUCUUGGCGACAAGUAAAAAUCGAGAUUAAAGGAGAUAUAUUAAAAAUAUACCCCAGCCGCAAUACAAAAUCCGAUAAUAGUAUGAUAGAACUCGACAUUAGAAAUUAUAAUAUAUUUGAUGAACCUGAUAAAAAGAAAUAUGUAUUUCGUAUGCAAUCGAAACCCUCACCGAUAGCCACUUUAGGCAAUGAACUGAAUUUAGAUGAUACGAAUGAUAAGUUAACAUCAUCGAGUAGUUCGACAAACGUACCUCAACAGUCAUUACAUAGCGAUACACAUUAUCAACCACAUACAGAGAUUUAUUUCAAAACUAAAAGCAGUACGGAAAUGAAGAGAAUAUUUGGUUUAUUACAAUGGAAGAAUAGUUUAAAUUAUGAUGACAAUGAUCUACAAGGUAAACAGCUAGCGGAACCACAAAAAACAGCCGCAACUGCUAGCAUGUCUACAUCAACAUACUGUGAUGAUAACGUACAACACCCACAAUCAGCGCACCAUUUACAAGCCGAACAUUCGCCGCAUAGUUCUGCGUCACGUAGUGAAUUAGAAGCUUCAGAUUCUAUAUCACCUGUGAUGAAAACUCGCAAAUCAUCUUCCCACAAAAAUAUACCCGACAAAGAUUUAGGUUCGCCAAAGGCCAAAAACUGGAAGGAUUUAUUGUUUCGUCGAGGUGGUGGAAGUAGUAGUAGUGGCGGCCAUAAUGCUGACCUAUCACCUUCAAAUCUGUCUUCAUCCUCCAAGACUAUUGGUUCUAUAGGUGUACCACUAAAAACGUGUCCCAUGUCCAAAAACAACGAAUAUGUACCAACUUUGGUUGAAGUAUGUACAAAUAUCGUUGAAACUAAAGGGUUGGGAGUGGUUGGAAUAUAUCGUAUACCCGGCAAUAAAGCUGCAAUAUCUGAGUUAUCAGAUCAAGUUAACAAAACCGACUUUUCUUGGGACCGUUGCAAUACAGACGUAAGAUGGGAGGAUGUCAAUGUCGUUUCGAGUCUUUUGAAAUUGUUUAUAAGAAGUUUACCGGAUGCCCUGCUACCCAGUUCCUUUUAUAAUCAUUUCAUUGAGGCCGAUAAGAAGGUGGGAAUGGAACGUUUACGAGAAAUAAAACAACUAUUAGAAGAUUUGCCGCCGUAUUCGUAUGAGACGAUGAAACAUCUGUUUCGCCACUUGAAUACAGUCAGUAAGCAUUGUGACGUCAAUUUAAUGGAGCCAAAAAAUUUGGCAAUUAUUUUUGGUCCUUCUAUAAUACGAACGCCCAAUGAUACGUUAGAUAUAGCCGUAAAGGAUAUGAAACAUCAAUGCAGGAUUGUGGAACUCCUUUUGACAAAUUAUGAUUACUUCUUUGAAAAUGGCAAAACCCCAGAUAUUGAAGAUGUUUGUGGUAAUAAUUUGGCUCCAUCUACGUCGUCAUCGGCAACCGGAGUGUCGGCUGCACAGCAGCAGCAAGAGAAUCAAACAAAUAUGUUAUUACACAACAUUUCGAAAAUCGAACGUUUUAAUGAACGUGAAUCAAGCUCGUGCAACACGACAUCACGCACGUCACGUUUUAUGCCGCAACUAGGGAAAAAGAUACGAAAACCUGGUGAUAGUAGGGUAAGCGAAAUUAAAUCUAAAUCUUUUCACACAUCCACAUCCAAUUCUAUCACCAAUACCAACAUUAUUACCAACACAAAACACUCUAUUACUACACCUAUACUUCUUACUACAAUCACCAAGAACACUCUAAAAAAUAUAUGCAAAUCAACACCCAAUAUUUCCACACUUAAUACACGUUCAGUUUCAAAUCAUACCCGUAAUGCGUCUAACGUUGCUGGUGAAUCAGCGGCAGCAUAUCGUCAAAGACGUAAAGCUGUUCCAACUAUUUAUGAUUUUGGUGUAACUUUACGUUUACAUUUUCAGUCAACCAGUGCAACCACAACAGCCACUUCCUCAUCGAGUAGCAGCAGCACGACGGCUUCAUCAACAAAAAAGACUUCAAAGAAGAGUGAAAGUCGUAGUAUUUUGGGUCACCGACAUGGUCGUAAGACUAGUUUGGAUGAAAAGGAUUCGGGCAGUUGCAGCGGUAGCAGUAUUGCCAAGGAAGCACAACGUAAUAGUGUGGACAUUUCGAUAACGCUAACCGAUGAUGAAAGCAGCAUUAGCCAUGUCAGCGAUACUGGUUCUAUGUCCCUGAGUGCUGUUACCAAUGCGUUGGAAGAUAAAUUAAAAAUAUUUAAAUAUGGUUCUGAAUCAAAUGAUGAAAAUGGAUCUCCAGAUAUUCCCGUUCAAACACGCCGCUACACAAUUGGUGAACCUCUUCUUCUGCAUUCUGAAAACAUUCCUUAUGCCGAUGAGUCACCUGAAAGGCAUUUUCACAAUUUUUGCCCGAUUGAGAGUAUAACUGGAAAUAAUUUAAUGGUUAGUCGCUCGUGUGCAUCAACUAACACUCUGAUGAAUGCCAAAAUGAACAAUGAAAAACCCACAUCAACACUUACAACUACCUACAAAACAACACAUAAAUUGCAACACUCGGCCACAGCCCCCAUAAAUUCAUCACUGGGAAGUGUGGGUGGUGGUUUAACAUCUCCUCCAACUGCAGCAUCCACACCCACUUCUAGUGCGCUUAAGGGGAAUUUAACAGCAUCAACUGCAAGAAAUUUGUAUGCAACUAGCAAAAACUUACGAUUCUCUUCAUCCGUACAGGAACAAAGGUGUUCCGAAGAUGAUUCCGAGGGUUCUACAACAAGUGAUCCUAAAGAAGCUUUAGUAAUGGCAUCACCAUCAUUUCUUCUAGAUAAGUAUAAUAAAAAGCGUAGAGAUCAUCGACUGUUUCGUUCGGCUUCUUUCAAUUGUCGUAAUUAUUCUUCGCGUUAUGGGGGCAGUGGCGCCGCAGCAGGUGGCGUUGGUUCGAAUAUGCCAACAACUGGUUUAACUAAAGAUGAAAAGACUGAUAUGAAUCUAACUAAAAAACGUCAAAUACAAAACAAACAAAAUCGUUCGAUUAAAAGAAGGCAUACAGUAGGAGGUCCCCAUGAUUAUAGUGGUGGUGGUGGAGGCGCAGGUUCAAAUAAUUGCAAUCAUCAUUGCAAAAAUAUCACCAACAAUGCAUCUAACAACUCAACCGCCUCGAACACAUCUUCGGUAGUAAGACGUAAUCCCUUAUCUAGCGCCAAUGGUAAUAUACCCAAUAACAACAACAAUAACAAUAAUAUGCAACACGAUGAAGGAGGUAGCAGCAGUACUAGUAAUGGCAACAAUAGUAGCAGUAGUAAUAGUAGUAGUAGCACUAAUAAUGCGGCCACUGUUAAUGUUGCUAAUUCGGCUGGCGAACACGUACUUGAAGUGGGCAUACGUUUUAAGAAUAUGAAUCGUGGUCGCUUUUAAGUCUAUAAUAUACUACACACAACAACAAAACAAAUAAACUAAUACUUGGAGGAAUAAAAUUCCUUAGUGUUAAAAUAAACAAAUAUGGAAAUUAUGUAUGUAUAUUAAAAAUAAAGUAACAAAACAAUUUUACAUAUUUGGUCAACAACAAAUUAAAAAAAGCAAAACAUAUUUAAAUUAUAAUUAAAUUAAAAACAAAAACAAAAACCCACCCUCCCAGCUUCUUACAUUUAAAGAGUAAAAUACUAGUUAUUAUUGAGUACAAUCAUCAUCAUGAUAUCAUUAUUAUUAAAGAAUGGCUGACGUAUGUAUAUUUGACGUUCUUUCAGAGUUCAAAAGAAUCGAUAUAAAUGAAAUUUGAAAUUCAAGUAAAAAAUUAUUUAGUUUGUGAUCGACUACAAAUUACUUAAAUUUAAAAAAAAUAAUAUGUUUAAAUUACCCGCUAUUUAAAAUGGAAGUUACCAUUAGUACUUAAAUGUCUUGUUCAAUUUAUUGUGGUUCCUUUUUCCAUUACUGUACGAAAAAAAAACUGAAUUAAAAUAAAAGUUAAUUCUUUAAGAACUCUGAUUCGUGGCAAGCAUCAUAUACAAAGGCCAUUUUAUUCUAUAACAAAAUCAUCUUUUGUAUACUGUUUAAAUAACAAGUGUAUAAAUAGCUAAAGCAAAAAGUAUGUGGAAGAAAAUUGUGUUACUUCUGAUUAACCAACAAAACACCAAUUAGUAUGUAAGUUCAAAAGAAAAUUAAAAUUUAAAUUAUUAAAGAUUCAUUGUUGUUAAAUUUUUCAACAGACAUAUAUGUAUGCAUAUAUUUUGUUUAUGUUCUAUGUGUACAACAUCAAAAAAGAAACAAAUCAAGUAUAAACAUGUGUAGUAUUAGCAAUCAUUUACACAAAUCAAUAUUAAAAUUAUAAUAAUAAUAAUGAUAAUAUUUAUAGAGAUACAAAACGAAGAAAAAACGUAUACUUAGUACAUAAAUAUAUAUAAAAACAUUCAAGCUUAAAAAAGUGUAACUAAGAACUAAGAAAAAAAGCGCACUUAAUUAUUUUACUUUUAAAAAUAUUUUGAAACCAAAAAUUCUUUACUGUUUUUAACCUUUGGCCACGCCAACACUAUUUUGUCCCCUUAAAUUUUAAUAGUUCUAUUAGGUUUUUAUAACUAAUUUGUAUAAAGUAGUUUAUUUUAUUUUUACAUGCUUAUGUAUGUUCUUUAUAUUUUAUUUGUAAAAAGUAAUUAUUUUUAGCAACAUAAGUUUUUAAUAGAGAGACUUUUAUUACAAUGUUAAUUGUUUGUAUUUUUUAUUUUGUAAAUUUGAUGAAAAACAAAAUCAAACACAGUUUUGUCUUGGCGAAUAUAACAUCCACAUCAUAUGUUCUCUAAAUUUGAAUAAUUACCACCCCAAUGGGUGGUAAUAAACUUUCUGAAGUUUAUUGUAAAACUAUAAUGCUAUUGAACAUCAUACUGGGGCAAAUUUUAAAAUAAAUAGUAAUAAUACAAAUUUGACGAAAAAUGUUUUUGAAUUUAAAACCUUUUGACAGUUAAAAGCAAUAUACAACAUUUUGCCUUUUCUUUAAUUAUGACAGGUGCAAUGUUUUUGAAAUUGCAUGCUGAAUGUAUUCACACUAUUUUAUUUUUACAAAAUAUCAGUAUUUCUUAAUAUUUUACAUCUUAAAAUGUGUACAAGCAUCUCUUAAGUGUUUAAGCUUUCCGCCUCUUUAUUUAAUUUUUAAAACAAAAUAAUAAACACCCAAAAUUCCGCAAUUAGUUGCUCAAACUUUUCAGAUAUACACAACUGCAUGAGUAUCCUUAGAAACUUAUAAAUCAAAUUCAUAUUAACAUAUUCGACCACAAUUGAAGCAUUAACUUCCUCCUCAGAAAGUAUAUUUAUGUACAAAGUACAUGUACAUUAUAAAGUGUUUGAUGUUGAGACAGACAACUAUCAGUUAUGUAAAAUUCAAGACUCCUUCCCAUGUAUAUUUUUCUUUAUUUUAUAGUUAGUAUUUUAGUUAAUUUUUGUAAAAUUAAUCAAAUUUAAGUGAAAAACAUUAUUUAAAUGAUCUUUUUACAAAGAAAUUUUUCUUGUAACGAAAAAAAAAAAUAAACGUUCAACGCAUAAUUUUUAAAAGUAUUUGUUUUUAUUUAUUUACAAUAUCAAACAUUUCUAUACAAAUGUUUAGUUUAUAUUAGUCUGCUAACAAAGAAAAAAAAGAAACCUUAUGUUGCUAUUUUGUAUGUAAAUGUUUUUUGUAUAAAUUUUUUUUUAAACUAAAUUAAGUUUUAUAAAGCAUAAGAAAGUUUUGAAUGUUAUACAUAAAAAAGAAAACAAAACAAUAAUAAAAGGCAAGAGUUUUUGUUAGAUAUGAAUUUAGUUAUGAAGGUGUAUGUAUUACAUACGUUGCUGAUUGUUGACUUUUAGAAUUAUUAUUAUUUUUUUUAUUUAGUUUUUCUAAAUAUAAGCUUAAAACAGAAAAGUGAUUAAACUGCACUUUAAAAUCUGAAAUAAUUGCGUAUUAAAAUCAUAUUUUUAUUGUAAAAUAAAAACAAAAUAUAUAUAUAUUAAAUUAUUGAAAUGCAAACAUACAAACCUUAAGCCAGAAAUAAAACCAACUGCAACAAAAGCUAGUAUUCGAAAUAAUUAACAAAAUAAAAAUUAUUGUAUUCAUGUAUACAUGUAUACAUUUUGCUAAAAUAAUAAUUCAAAAAUUCUAUAAUAGUGUCAGACAAAUUUAUUCAAUAUGUUUGAUACAAAUUUGUUUGAGUUAUACAUACAAACAUAAGAACGUAAAAUACAACAAUCCCAUAUUAUAGUAAUAUUAUUAAAAAAAAACAAUGUAAUAAUUGUGUUUAUCAUUAUAAUUAAUAACACAAAUAACACAAGAAAAGUACAGCAUGUAUGAACAUUUCAUCAUUAUUGUAAUAAAUACACCGAAACAUUUAGAACUAAAACAAGAAAUAAAUAUAUAUAUACAAAAAUUUCAAGAAAAA